AUGGUCUCCGAGAACAUCGCCGCGGACAUACUGAAUCCAUCAACGGCCUUUUCCCCCUCCGCCCAACCUCCAAAGAAAUUCUCCACAGCAACAGACGAUCAAAGCUUCAUCCCACCCACAAUGCGAGCUCUAUAUUAUUCCCCCGGCUCCUCCCAGGUAAAAGGCACACAGCCAACGCGAGCCUCCAUCUCCGCACAAGAGGAAAGAAGUCUAGCACCCGAUGCCCGGGCGGCAUCAAUGGUUCAACGAGAAAAUACCAUCAUAAACCCACGAACUGGCUCAAUUGCAUUUCAAGAAGAAAUAGCACCUAGUUCGUCUGCCCCACGAACAGUCACAGAGCCUACCAGUAUCGCAUCACCAGGUGCCAGUGGUAGUGGCAGUGAAAGAGCAAGUACCAGUCCAGCAGGAACUUUAAUUCUCGAUACUAGUUUCCCGACACCUCAGCCAGCUACACAUCAGUAUCUACUCAAAGUGCAUACUGCGGCCUUUUGUCAAGAUGAACUACGACUCGCAAUGACGCUUAAUCCGUCGAAGACUACGCCUCAAAUCCCACUACAUAGUGUAUGUGGGACUGUGAUUACGACUCCACCACAGGAUCAUGACCGGCCUCUAGGUCCGAAAUACAAGAUUGGCGAUGUGGUUUGGGGAGUACUGAGCUAUACCCGUGAUGGUGGCGCGGCAGAUUAUGUGAUUGCGAAUGAAAACGAACUCGCUUUGAAGCCGCCAAAUAUCACGUCUGCGGAGGCGGCAGCACUUGCCUUACCUGCUUUGACAGCCUGGGGAGCUUUGUUCCGGAUAGCGGGUAUUGAUCCGAAUGUCUGGUCUCGGGAGACCUAUGCCGAAGAAACGAAGACUGGUAGCGGUGCCACUGGUGGGAAAGGGAGUGGCCAGAGUGGUAAAAGUGGCCAAAGUGGUAACGAUGGCCAGAGUGACCGCGAACAAAGAGGCAGUUUAUCUCGGCUCAGUUUUGGGGGUGGGCGUGGGUUCGGCUUUGGAGCCGGCAGUUCUGAAAAGGGAGCUGGCAAUGGACAUCGAUUCAGUCUUGCCAGUCUCACAGGUGGUGGUGGUGCUAGUGGCAGCGGCAGCGGCGCUGCGAAGGAUACUGCAAGUGGGAGCACUGGCGGUAGUGGACGCAAACUUAGCAUGGCGAGUAUCGGUAACUUCGCCGCAGCCAGUGGUCGCAGACUCAGCCUCACAAACAGCAACAGCAGCAGUGGGAGUGGCAACGGGUUCAGAAAACACAAACCACUUCGAAUCUUAGUGACAAAUGCCCGCGACAGUGAAGUAGGCCGAGUAGCCGUCCAACUGCUACGAGCUGAAAAGCUGUUUCCAGCCACAUCUCCUCGACCCUGGAUCUGCGUCACCUGCACCGUUGCCGAAGAGACCGUUCUCCGCGAUUACUGGACCGUCGAUGAAAUCCUAGUGGUUCCCCACCUCCCUACAACAGAGGAAUGCGAUCUCGGGAGUAUGUUUCGAUCGCGUAAAUGGGAUCCCGUGGAUAUUGUGCUCGACUGUACAGGCGGGGAAGUCUUUCGGGCGGCGCAUUCUCGAGACGUGGUUAGGGAUUCUGGGUGUGUUUUGACAGCGGUGGAUCCUAAGCCUGUGCAGGAUCCAGCGACGACGUAUGAGCAGGAUAUGUUGAAGCAGCGGAAGAGAGGGUUAAGGAGUCGGUUUGUUCCGGUAAAUCCUGAUAGUGUGGCGAUGAAGCGAAUCUCGGAGUUGGUUGAGGAUCGCGUGUUGAGGGGGCGUGAGGAACAAAUGGUUGAUUUGAGUACAGCGGCGAAAUUGUUGGAGGGAAAAGCGGCUGGAGCUGCGGGACGAAGACGUGGGGGAAUGAUGGUAGUUCGGAUCAAUCCAGUGUGUUAA